AUGGCAUCGAUUGCUCGCUCCUCCCUCCUGCGGCAGGUUGCCGCAGUCAAGCCGAACCCCCAACAAACCCUCAUCACUAACGCCGCCCGCACGACCGCCUUCCACACCACCAGCAGGAGGUGUCUUUUACCUCCCCUUCCCCAGCACGUUCAAGGCACAGUCAACGAUGCCGCCCCCGUACCAGAGCCCUCGCCUUCGCAUGGGUCCUACCACUGGACCUUUGACCGUCUGGUCGCAGGGUCCUUGAUUCCCCUCACGGUUGCUCCGUUCGCCGCCGGCUCGCUGAACCCGACACUCGACGCCAUCCUCUGUGCCACGAUCCUCAUUCACUCGCAUACUGGCUUCCAGAACGUAAUCAUCGACUACCUCCCUCAGAAACGGACCCCACGCGCCCGCAAGUUCUUCAUGUGGGGUCUCAACGCCGCCACAGCCGUCGUCGGCCUAGCCCUCUACGAAUUCGAAACCACCGACGUGGGUAUCACCGAGACUAUCAAGCGUAUUUGGGCGGCAUAA